ACUUGCACAGGAAAUCUCGAUGUUGAUUGUUGUCGUUUUGAUUGCGCUGACUCGAUGUGGUGGGUUGCAGAUUGCGCAAGCUGCGAACGAUGACGAUGAUGAGUUCAUGGCCAACAACGCUCUGUAUCGGUGCGGCAUCCAGAAACGUUUCGGAGAACAGCUGAUCCAGCAGGGAUGGACGGCCGAAAUGGGACAGUGGCCCUGGCAUGUGGCCUUGUAUCACCAGGAAAAAGGUAAAUGGGCUUACAAAUGUGGCGGCACUCUGAUCGAUCAACGCCAUGUCCUGACUUCGGCUCACUGCGCGGUGCAACGCAAUGGGAGGGCGUUGAGUGAAACCAAAAUCCGGGUGGAGCUGGGAAAGCACGAUCUGUACGAAAAUAUGGGUCAGGAGGUGCAAGUGAGGAAUGUAAGCGAAGUUCUGGUGCAUCCGGAGUUCAGUUUGAAUCGUAACGAUAUCGCUAUGCUGGUUUUAAAUCGAAAUGUACGUUAUUCGGAUUCUGUGGCUCCCAUCUGUUUGGAAGAUGCAAGGAAAGGUCUGCUGGCAAAUUUGGAAGGGGAACGUGGCUGGGUAGCUGGAUGGGGUAUCACCGAAAAUGAAACACUCUCAACGAAGCUGAAAACGGUAGAAAUGCCGGUAGUCAGCAGUGCCUUGUGCUCUCAAAGCGAUCCGGUUCUCUUCGGGAGAUUUAUUUUUCCGGGAUCAUACUGUGCCAGUGAUCGAAAUGGAUCAACGGUUUGCCUGGGGGAUAGUGGCGGGGGGAUGUACUUCAGUGCCGGGGAUCACUUUGAGUUGCGAGGAAUCGUUUCGUUUGCGGCCAAAACGAGAGACGGGAAAUGUUUGCCGGAAAAAUUUGUAGUUUUCACCAAUGUUGCCUAUUAUUAUGGUUGGAUCAGCAGGAGCACUUUCGCGGAAAUCGAAGAGUAUGACAACCUGCAGCGGAGGGUCAGUGAACGAAAAUGUUCAGAAUACGCCAAACUGGCGAGGAAACGUAAGAAUGGAGUUUGCUACAACUCUCGAUCUCCUCACACGCAGUAUCCAGGAGACAUAUCGGGCGAUAUGCUGAUGGGUCACCUGGUGGCUUGCCCGGUUUUGGCAGGAGCACCAAUCGCUGCCGCUUUUACACGUCUGGGAAAAACCCUAUCAUCUGUUGUAGUGAUGACCGGAACAUUUCAGGAUGUUCCAUGA